AUGACGGCAAAAAAUGUUGGUGUGACUUCCACAAAUGGAGACUUGAAAGGAUUUAUAGAUCAGAACCAGAGUCCAACAAAAGGUAAUAUUUCAGUAAUCACAUUACCAGUUUCCAGCACCAACUCCCCAACUAAGAUUUUGCCAAAAACCUUAGGACCAAUCAAUGUGAAUGUUGGACCCCAAAUGAUCAUAAGCACAUCGCAGAGACUGACCAAUUCAGGGAGUGUUCUGAUCGGGAGUCCAUAUAACCCAGCUCCAACAAUGGUCACACAGACACACAUAAUGGAAGCUUCUGGCUGGGUCCCAGGGGACAGAAAGCGGACUCGAGAAUUUAUAGAAUCAGAUUUUUCAGAAAGUAAGAGAAGCAAAAAAGGAGAUAAAAAUGGGAAAGGUCUGAGGCAUUUUUCAAUGAAAGUAUGUGAAAAAGUUCAACGUAAAGGAACAACUUCAUACAACGAAGUUGCUGAUGAGCUGGUAUCAGAAUUCACAAAUUCUAACAGCAACCUAGCUACAGAUUCGCAGGCUUAUGAUCAGAAAAAUAUCAGACGGAGAGUUUACGAUGCUCUUAAUGUCCUGAUGGCAAUGAACAUCAUUUCAAAGGAGAAGAAGGAAAUCAGAUGGAUCGGCCUUCCUACAAACUCAGCUCAGGAAUGUCAGAAUCUAGAGAUAGAAAAACAGAGACGGAUUGAAAGGAUAAAACAGAAGCGAGCCCAACUACAGGAACUGCUACUGCAGCAAAUAGCAUUCAAAAACUUGGUACAAAGAAAUCAGCAAAAUGAACAACAAAAUCAAGGCCCUCCAGCUUUGAACUCAACAAUACAGCUGCCUUUCCUAAUAGUCAACACUAGCAAAAGAACAGUUAUAGACUGCAGCAUAUCGAGUGAUAAAUUUGAAUACCUCUUCAAUUUCGAUAACACUUUUGAGAUUCAUGAUGACAGCGAGGUGCUGAAGAGAAUGGGGAUGUCCUUUGGGCUGGAGGCAGGCAAAUGCUCAGUUGAGGACCUACGAACUGCGAAAUCUCUGGUGCCAAAAGCUUUGGAAGGCUACAUCACAGAUAUGUCUGCUGGAUUUUCAUGGAUAAACCAAGGGUUACUUGCAAGUUCAGCAGAAGCAGUUUCACAUCUAGAGGUAGCAGGAGGCACUUCUGCUGUUAAAUCAAGUGAGAAUCCAGGAUUGGGUCUGGAUGCUGAAGUGGCCUUAGCAACUGGGCAGUUACUUGCCCCUAGCAGUCAACAGUCCAGCAGUGCAUCCCGCUACUCUGAAUCACGGGGAGAAACUCCGUGCUCGUUCAAUGAUGAAGAUGAAGAGGAGGAUGACGAUGAGGAUUCUUCCUCCCCAGAAUAAGAAGAAAACAGAAUAUACAAAAUGCUGCUCAUAAAUAUUCUUAAUGGGAGCUCCUGUUGGGAUUUUACUGAAGUUUCCUGCCUUGGUUUGUACUGUGUUCAGUGAAGCAAAAUGGAAGCAUCAAAACAAAU